UAUAAUAUGCUGUCUUAACAAGCAAUUUAAAGCAAUUUUGUUUUUUGUGCAAUUUUGUUAUAUUUUAGUGCAGGGGUGUCCAAUGUCGGUCCUGGAGGGCCACUGUCCUAAAGAGUUUAGCUCCAACUUGGCUCAACACACCUGUUUGGAAGUUUCUAGUCUGCUUUGUGAGACCUUGAUUAGCUGUUCAGGUGCGUUUGAUUAGGGUUGAAGCUAAACUUUGCAGGACACCGGCCCUCCAGGACUGACUUUGGACACCCCUGUUUUAGUGGUUAAUGUGAUGCUGGUGUGCCGUGAAAUUUUUUGCAAAUUAAAACUGUGCCGCGGCAGAAAAAAUGUUGGGAAACACUGGUCUAUGAGAACAGGCUGCACUUCCAUUUCUCGCCACAGAUUUACAUUGAAAAAACAUGGGGCGCUGUUGAGCUCGGGAGGGCUGAGGGUGUUUCUGCCUUGCCUACAGUUCAUUACGUUGCUAACCCAUCUGCGGAAGCCAAGCGCUAAAUCGCCGCGCAUAUUCAUCUCAUUUUACCACUUAAAAUAACAAAGAAGCCUCAAAAAUAUUUGUUGAAUAAUUCAGAACACUGUGACACUCCCGUCGGUCCCUAGUCCUGUUUUCCCCGUUUUUGCCACAAGGAUGUUCUUUUGCCACCCUCCCUCGCCACGGUGUGUAACUUUACAUUUCCAAAGAGAAGAAGUCGCUUCUUCGGAAAGCAAGCAAUGAUUUGUUUAAUGUUAGCAAAGGUAACACUGCGCACAUAAUAAAAUCCUGUAAAUGAUCAGUGGUAAAUUGUUCUGGUCUGGCUCAGUUCAUCAGUGAUUGGGUGAGAACAGUUCAAAUUUACUGGCUGCGGAAAUCAGCGGGAGGGGCUCAUUGUACAACAGACAAAAAAUAACGUGCGCUCUGUGCAACCAAAACGGCAAAAACGGCGUUCGGAUAUAAACGCGUUUAAUCUAUGGGGUAAUUCUGACACAAUCGGCUUGCCAUACUCGGCCUUCCAUACCAUACGCGCUUCACUGAAAGCUUCCAGGAUUUCUCGACACACGCUCCGAAGCCUCGGCUCAGAACGUAACAUCACUACUUUAAACACAAAGGUCUGUUUCUCCAAGCCACACUUGAAAAGCAAGUUAUGUGUGACGCAGAAUUCAUUAAAGAGGAGAGUGAAGACAUGAGUGUUACAGACACCAGCACAAUGAGAAAUGAAGACGCUGCGGAACAAAGAGACGCUGUUUCUCCCCGCACUCAGGAACCUGUCACUCUAAUCCCAGCAUGUGAGCUGUGUGGCGAUGUCGUGUGUGAGGUGAACGAGACAGAGACACAUACAUAUCUAAUGGAACUGGAAGAAACAACAGUAUCAGUAUGUCCUCAGUGUGGAAAGAGUUUCUCAAGAAAAAUUAAUCUCAAGACCCACAUGAGAAUUCACACUGGAGAAAAGCCAUUCACAUGUGUUCAGUGUGGAAAGAGUUUCACAAGAAAAAGUCGUCUAGAGGACCACAUGAGAAUUCACACUGGAGAAAAGCCAUUCACAUGUGUUCAGUGUGGAAACAGUUUCACAAGAAAAAGUAAUCUAGAGAAACACAUGAGAGUUCACACUGGAGAACGGCCGUAUGCAUGUGUUCAGUGUGGAAAGUGUUUCACUCAAAAAAAUGUUCUUAAGAACCACAUGAGAAUUCACACUGGAGAAAAGCCGUAUGCAUGUGUUCAGUGUGGAAAGAGUUUCACUGAAAAAAGAACUGUAGAGGACCACAUGAGAAUUCACACUGGAGAGAGUCCAUACACAUGUGUUCAGUGUGGAAAGAGUUUCCCAAGAAAAAGUAAUCUAGAGGUCCACAUGAGAAUUCACACUGGAGAAAAGCCGUAUGCAUGUGUUCAGUGUGGAAAGAGUUUCACUGAAAAAAGAACUCUAGAGGACCACAUGAGAAUUCACACUGGAGAGAGUCCAUACACAUGUGUUCAGUGUGGAAAGAGUUUCCCAAGAAAAAGUAAUCUAGAGGUCCACAUGAGAAUUCACACUGGAGAAAAGCCGUAUGCAUGUGUUCAGUGUGGAAAGAGUUUCACUGAAAAAAGAACUCUAGAGGACCACAUGAGAAUUCACACUGGAGAGAGUCCAUACACAUGUGUUCAGUGUGGAAAGAGUUUCGCAAGAAAAAAUCGUCUAGAGGAACACAUGAACAUUCACACUGGAGAAAAGCCGUAUGCAUGUUUACAGUGUGGAAAGAGUUUCACAAGAAAAAAUGUUCUUAAGAACCACAUGAGAAUUCACACUGGAGAAAAGCCGUAUGCAUGUUUACAGUGUGGAAAGAGUUUCACAAGAAAAAGUCGUCUAGAGGAACACAUGAACAUUCACACUGGAGAAAAGCCGUAUGCAUGUGUUCAGUGUGGAAAGAGUUUCACAAGAAAAAGUCGUCUAGAGGAACACAUGAACAUUCACACUGGAGAAAAGUCAUAUGCAUGUGUUCAGUGUGGAAAGAGUUUCACUCAAAAGAGAACUCUAGAGAACCACAUGAGAAUUCACACUGGAGAAAAGCCAUAUGCAUGUGUUCAGUGUGGAAAGAGUUUCACUCAAAAAAGAACUCUAGAGGACCACAUGAGAAUUCACACUGGAGAAAAGCCAUAUGCAUGUGUUCAGUGUGGAAAGAGUUUCACGAGAAAAAAUGUUCUUAAGAUCCACAUGAAAACUCACACUGGUGAAAAAAAGCCAUUCACAUGUGUUCAGUGUGGAAAGAGUUUCAAAUACAAAUAUCAUCUAGAGGAACACAUGAGAAUUCACACUGGAGAGCGGCCAUAAACGUGUUCAAAGUGGACAGAGUUUCACUCAAAAAAGAACUCUAGAGGACCACACAGAGUCGGCGCCAGACCACGACUAACAGGGGGGCAAGUGGCUCCCCAGAUAGCAAAAGUUGUCUAGCCCACAACCGGGCCGCAUCCUUGCUUCAGUUCUGGCUGGGUCCCCGGCCCAAAACUGGCCCAACCACUGAAAAUGGACACAAACAAUUUUCUCUGGGCCAGAUAUGGCCCACACACUGUAAAACUACUCUUACAUUCUAAUAUGGCCCAGAGCUGGCCAGCACAUAUGCACAAUAGUAUUUCUAAACUUAUACACUUACUAAUCACUACGUCUCUGAGUUGGAGGGUGGCAAGCGAUGUCUUUCCAUUGACUCCUCUCCAAUUUAGGUUUUUAGUCAGGGAGUUGGCGAUCACCCACCAAUUAGCCCCAACCAGUUCACCUGAAACAGAUUUAUAUUUUCAAGGUUGGUCAUAGUUACUACAGUAGGUAAUUCGUUCGUAUCAAGGAGUUGUUGCAUGUUAUGUUUUGUGUGUCAAUUUGACAUUUUUUUAAGUAAAAAACUUGUAAAAUAAAUAGUUUCUUAUCAGUUUUUGCUUGUAAUCUGGGCUCUGCUGCAUCCUUUGCUCCAGACUAAGCAGCCGAAGAAGGUUUUUGAGGGGCAGAGAACUUUCCUCAAUAUCUAAACACAGCACUUGAACCUCUCGCAGCUGCAGCAAUCUCAGGAUAGUGGUUUGUUGGUCCAGGACCAUCUCUACUUUGGUUAAUACCUCCCUCAGCAUGGCUAUGACAAAGAAGAUAAAAUAUUUAAAAAUUAUAUACACACUUAUAAACUAUUUAACUUAUUUCAUAGUUUUAGUCCUUAUCUAUAAAAAUUAUAUUCCUGAGGCGAAAUAACCAUUGGCCUUACCCGUUUCUGAGGAUUGCUGGGGCGUGCCUCGGAUUGUCUGACCCCCUGGCAAUGCUACAGGAGAACACUGUAAAAGACCUAAAAGACCUCGGCGUUAUUAAAGACCUCGGCGUUAUAUUAGACAGCAACCUGUCAUUUAAAAAUCACAUCUCAAAUGUCACAAAAACAGCCUUCUUCCACCUUAGAAAUGUUGCCAAAUUGAGAAAUAUUUUAUGUGUGGCUGACGCAGAGAAGCUUAUUCAUGCAUUUGUGACCUCAAGACUUGACUACUGUAAUGCACUACUUAGUGGUUGCCCUGCAUCAUCAAUAAACAAACUACAGUUAGUUCAGAACGCAGCUGCCAGAGUUCUAACCAGGUCCAGAAAAUACGAUCACAUAACCCCAGUGCUAUCAACCCUUCACUGGUUACCCAUUAAGUAUCUUAUUGACUUUAAAGUUCUUUUAAUUACUUAUAAAGCCUUAAAUGGUUUAGCCCCUACCUACAUAACAGAGCUUCUACCACACUACAACCCAUCACGCUCUCUAAGAUCUCAAAACUCCAGACUUUUGAUAACACCUAGAAUAACUAAAUCCACCAAAGGGGGUAGAGCUUUCUCAUACGUAGCACCUAAACUCUGGAAUAGCCUUCCCGAUACUAUUCGAGGGUCAGACACACUCUCCCAAUUUAAAUCUAGAUUAAUGACACAUCUUUUCAGCCAAGCAUUCACUAAUACAUAGCUAAUGAACAGCAGCUACGCUAAUUAUUCUCUUUCUGUUUCUGCCCUCGCCUCGGGAUGCCCAUCCCGAGGUAGGGAGAGAUUCCGCCAGGCCCAGAUGAACGUCAUAUGCCCAUCCACAACUAGAGAUUACGCCAGCUACAUCGGAAAAUCCCGUGCCAUCCUCCUGCGAGAGCCUGCGGACUGACUGACCAUCCAGCUCCAUCCAAGGCAAUUCCAUCACCACCCAAGAAAAAGGCGACCAUCUGGCCGGCCCAGCUCAGACAAUUCCAUCCCCAACCGAGAGCAAAGACGGACUACCUGUCACAUAAAUGCUAAAUUUACAAUACUUGGUAUUUAAUGCUAAACUUACAUCACACGACAGCAGUUUGAAGUUAUGGCUGCACUCAGUGACUUUGAUUGGAGGUAGCUGGGUGGGUGUUGUAGGGAGUGGGGGGGCUUGUUGGUUGUGGUUCGGGGCGUUUCAUUUGUUGGGACUGUGUGGAUCUGGUCUGGUUGGUCUUGUUUUGUGGUCGAUGUCGGACAACAGAGGAAUAAAGUUAAUUAUGCCAUUACUACUUUUCCCUGGUUGUUCCUCUGUUGUCUGUUGUUGAUCGCGGAAUGAGACCGGGUUGGACCUGCACGGUUUCGGCGGGUGGGGCUUCCUGGGUCGCGGCUCGUGGGCUCUCCCUGUUCUUCGUGGACGUUGCUCGGUGGCUUUGGUCGGGGUCACUGAGUGCAGCCAUGACACGUCAGAGGAGAUCUGGCCCUCCCGGCUGAGCCUGGUUUCUCCCGAGGUUUUUUUUUCUCCAUUAUUCAGCAUUGGAGUUUGGGUUCCUCGCCACAGCAGAGCAGUGCAGUGUUGGCUUGCUCAC